AAUCAAGUAUGGCGGAAUCUGUCAGAAAAUGAUUAUUUCGCCAGUAGACUUCCCUAGUGGUAAAGUCAACAUAAUUAUUCUGCAUCUUUCUCCGGACAGUGCCGCCUCUUGGAGCUUCUAGGCUGGUACAAGUGAGCGGGUGUCUCUGAUUGGAUUACCUGAACAGUAGGCUGUAAGGUGGAGGACUGUUUCCUGUUGCUGACCAGUGAAGACACUUGUGGGUGGUUGUGUUUCCUGUUGCUGAUCAGUGAAGAGACCUGUGGGUGAUUGUGUUUCCUGCUGAGGAGUACUGUGGCCCUGAUCUUGGUACACAUCAGACCAGCCCCCUUCCCUACACACACACUAAACCCCCCGACCCACCCACACACACUCCACCUAUCCCGUCGUCCUCCUCUCCAGGCUGUAUAUUUUACAACUUCACUGUGGAUUCUCCAAGGACCAUCCUGUCAACAAUGACAUCACACAGUCACCAAGAAGGACUCCUGGGCAAGGAGCAGCAGCUGGAUGUCCUGAAGACGUCUGCCCUCAACCACAUCCCCACAGUGGACAUUAACUCUGCCCUGCCCCUGCGUCUGCCCCCGGCUGCCAUCCCCAUGGACCUACGCAUUGACCAGCACCAUCACCAGCAGCAGCUGUCCAUGUCUCCUUCUGCAGCCCAGGCGUCUGCAGCCCAGGCCAGAGAGCAGCAGCUGCAGCAGGAGCUCCUGUCCCUGAAACAGAAACAACAGAUUCAGAGACAGCACCUCAUCGCUGAGUUCCAGAGGCAACAUGAGCAGCUCAACCGCCAGCAUGAAGCCCAGCUACAGGAACAUGUUAAGCACCAGCAGGAGCUCUUGGCCCUGAAACAUCAGCAGGAGCUGUUGGAGCACCAGAGGAAGAUGGAGAAGCACCGUCUGGAGCAGGAACUGGAGAAACACCAGAGAGAACAGAAACUACUGCUGCUGAAGAACAAGGAGAGAGGACAGGAGAGUGCAGUGGCCAGUACGGAGGUGAAGAUGCGACUGCAGGAGUUUGUGCUGAACAAGAAGAAGGCUCUGGCCCAGAGGAGUCUCAACCACGGGGGGUUGCCCAACGACCCCCGCUACUGGUACGGGAAAACUCAGCACACUUCCCUGGACCAGAGCUCUCCUCCUCAGACUGGUAUGGGUACCUACAACCACCCUGUCCUGGGCAUCUACAACGCUAGAGACGACUUCCCCCUCCGCAAGACAGCCUCUGAGCCCAACCUGAAGCUACGUUCUCGUCUGAAGCAGAAGGUGAGCGAGCGACGGAGCAGCCCCCUACUGAGGCGUAAAGACAGCCCGAUCACAACCGCCAAGAAACGCUCACUGGAUAUGGCAGAUUCAGCGUGUAACAGCGCUCCUGGAUCCGGCCCCAGCUCUCCUAACAACAACAGCAUCAGCAACAUCCCCAAUGAGAACGGCGUCACUGUCUCCAACAGCAUUGAUGUGUCCCUGGCUCAGCGGUUGUGUGGUGGUGAACUCAGCCAGCUGUCUCUGUACACGUCCCCCUCCCUCCCCAACAUCACCCUAGGUCUGCCCGCCACGGCCACCUCUGCUUCCAAUGUGACCUCAGCCCAGCAGGAUGGGGGUCAACAUUCGGCCCUCUCCCUCAGCCCCCCCUACCUAGGCGGUGCCCCCCUAGCCACCUACCUGGCUGACGGAGGGGGCGCAGGGGGGCACGGCCCACUACUGCAGCACUUGGUCCUGCUGGAACAGACUGGCGCGCACGGGCCCCUACUGGCAGGUGUGGACGCCCUCCAGUCUCCCGCCAUCCACAUGCUGCGUGGGCAGCACCGUCCCCUGGGUCGGACCCAGUCGGCCCCACUGCCCCAGCAGAACGCCCAGGCCCAGGCCCUGCAGCAGCUGGUGGUCCAACAGCAACACCAACAGUUCCUGGAGAAACACAAACAGCAGUUCCAGCAGCUACACAUCAACAAGUUGAUGGGCAAGCCCAGUGAGCCCACGGGGACCCGGCAGCACCAGAGUCACCCGGAGGAGACCGAGGAAGAGCUGAGGGAGCACCAGGCCCUCUCUCCCCAGGACGGCGGCUUUCCGUGUGGGUUCGCCAUCAAACAAGAGCCCCCAGACCCCCAAGAGAGCCAGGAGGAGGACAUGCAGCAGGAACUGCUGUUCAGACAGCAGGCCAUGUUGUUGGAGCAGCAGAGAAUCCACCAGCUGAGAAACUAUCAGGCUUCCAUGGAGGCAGCCGGUCUGUCAAUCACCUUCCCAGGUCACCGCCCCCUCUCCAGGGCCCAAUCGUCUCCGGCCUCCGCGUCCUCCUUCCCCAUCUCUGUCCCGCCUCCUGAGCCUCCCACCAAACCUCGCUUCACCACAGGGUUGGUGUAUGACUCUCUGAUGCAAAAGCACCAGUGUAUGUGCGGGAACACACACACCCAUCCGGAGCACGCCGGGCGCAUCCAGAGCAUCUGGUCCAGACUGCAGGAGACAGGACUUAGGGGACAGUGUGAGUGUAUCCGUGGUAGGAAGGCCACUCUGGAGGAGCUCCAGACAGUCCACUCUGAAGCCCACGUCCUGCUGUAUGGAACCAACCCCCUCCGACAGAAACUAGACUGUUCAGUCACGCCCAUGUUGGUCAGAUUACCAUGUGGAGGAGUGGGGGUGGACAGUGACACCAUCUGGAACGAGGUCCAUUCCUCUACUGCAGUUCGUCUGGCUGUGGGUUCUGUGGUGGAGCUGGUGUUCAAAGUGGCCACUGGUGAACUGAAGAACGGCUUUGCUGUGGUUCGACCCCCUGGACACCAUGCAGAAGAGAGCACUCCCAUGGGCUUCUGCUACUUUAACUCGGUAGCCAUCGCAGCCCGGCUGCUCCAACAGAGACUCAACGUCUGCAAGAUCCUUAUAGUAGACUGGGAUGUUCACCAUGGCAACGGGACCCAGCAGGCAUUUUACGACGACCCCAACGUGCUGUACCUGUCUCUCCAUCGAUACGACGAUGGAAACUUCUUCCCUGGCAGCGGAGCACCCGACGAGGUGGGCAGUGGUCCAGGAGUAGGUUUUAACGUUAACAUGGCCUUCACCGGGGGGCUGGAGCCACCUAUGGGAGAUGCAGAGUACCUGGCAGCCUUCAGGUCUGUGGUGAUGCCCAUAGCUAAUGAAUUUUCUCCUGACGUGGUGCUGGUGUCCUCAGGCUUCGACGCCGUCCAGGGUCACCCUCCUCCCCUAGGCGGUUACACCCUCACCUCCAAAUGUUUUGGGUACCUGACGCGUCAGCUGAUGACCCUGGCGGAGGGUCGUGUGGUGCUGGCAUUGGAGGGAGGUCACGACCUCAUGGCCAUCUGUGACGCCUCCGAGGCCUGCGUCUCCGCUCUGCUGGGCAACCAGCUUGAUCCUCUCCCUCAGACGCUUCUGGAGCAGAGACCCAACCAGAAUGCUGUGUGCUCCAUAGAGAAGGUUAUAGAAACACACAGCAAGUACUGGCGCUCCAUGCAGCGUGACUCCCCCAGGCUGGGCCUGUCUGUGCUGGAGGCUCAGAGAGGAGACUCGGAGGAGGCUGAGACCGUCAGCGCCAUGGCCUCUCUCUCUGUGGCCAACAAACAGAGCAGGUCGGAGGAGGAACCCAUGGAGGAGGAAGCACCAUUAUAGCGGGGGAAGCAUAAGGGCGUCGCACCGUGACUGUCGGCCUCUGCAGCUCGGAAGACUACCUUCUGGAGAGUCUCGACUGUCCCUUUCAUUUAGUCCCUCCGCGCCGUGCCUAUCACCUUGAUUGGCAGCUCCUCUGCCAAUGAGAGAGAGGGAUGGGCUUCAGAGUAGGGAGUCAAUGGGGAUACGAUAUGAAGGAUGGAAGUGACAAAGCGCUGCAGCCAGGCAGCUCAGCGUGGUCAGCUCACCGUGACUCUAAAGAGACGUUUGUUCCUGCCAGUCAGACUGAGGCAGCCCCAGAAGACACCCCAGCACCGAGGCAGGGCGUGGGUUCUCUGAGUGGAGGCGGAUAAUGGAAGUCUUACUCCUGAAGGGAAAAAUCUGGUGCUUUACAGAGCUCCCCCGUGGCCAAAUAUGGAGACAGAGGACAGGACAAGUCCGGCUGUCACACACAGCGUGGACAUUUAUUAUCUCUCCUGCUUUUGUCCCCCUAAAUGGAGGACAUGCUACUGAUGGAGAUGGUGGUUACUGAUGAGAGAUGGCGGACAACAAAGCCCCUAGGAGAAUUGUCGGGCUGUCAUUGGCUGAAGACAGUAGACUUGACUGUGGUUGGCCGUUGAGCAAGCGGCCUUUGCCGUUAUUGGAUGAUGAGGCUAUUGGAUCUUUGCCUUAUUGAUGCAGCUGGUAGUUCUGUGAUGGUCCACCAAUGAGAGAGUGCCUUUGUGAAGCUCUGAUGGAUUUCAGGAUUGUGUCAGAAAUGAAGAUUGCCUUAAAUGAUGAUCCUGACCAGGGGAGAGAGAGAAAUACAUUUUCCUGUUUGACAGAGGAUGGGAUGGUGGAAAAAAGGAUCUUUCAGCAUGUUUACCAGGAUUGUGAUGUAGACAGCGUUUGUCUCUCACAGCCUCUUUUAGAGGUCAUUGUACCUUUGGAUUGAUAUAUUUUUCUGUAAAAAUGCUUCAAAAAGGUAGUUGCAAGCAAACAUUUGAACCGUUCAACUUCCAGUUGAUUUGUAAAGCACUGUUGAAGGUUAGCAUUUAGCCUUAUGUAGCUUCCCUUUAUCACAACCAAUCGCUAACGGAGAAAAAGCAUGUCUCACCAGAAAGACCUGUCGGUUGCAAGGUUAGAAAGUUAUCCAAAAAGAACUAGUCGAGCAAAAAAAAGCCAAAGCAUGAGUUUGCAUCCAGCUCUUUCGUACCACGAGUAACAGCAGGCAUACACAGUAUUAUUACUGGCUUUUCAUACCAAGCACACUGUUCGAGAGCUAACGGAUCAAACAUGUAUGUCUCAACCUUUUUGUUAAAUAAUUAUUGAAUUCCAAUGUAUUGUUUGGCAACUACCUUAGUUAAUAGUUACUAUAAACAUCUUGUCAUGUAUAUUGAAUUGAACAUAUUGUAAAGCCGAGUGUUAAUUUGCCAUCUUUGAAACUAUCAUUUCCACAUCAAGCUAGUCAAUUGACUAUACCAUCAUCAACUUUUUCUUAAUCAACGAUCUCAAGUGGGUGACAAUUCUAUUUUUGGCAUGUAUGAAAAUCUCUAAUUUUUAACAUACUUUUUAUAUUUGCGUAUUUGUCAUUUUGCGUUGUUACUCUGUACAGUUGAUGUGCCACUUGCUCUUAGUGUCCUCAUCAUGCAUUGGGAUGGAGAUCAGCCUUUCUACUUUAUACCAUGAUUCCAGCAAUUGUCUAUUUACUUACAGAAUGAUCCUGUUUACAGAGAGGUUCGACAUGGAAAACCUAGAAAUAUAUUAUAUCCGUAGCCUACAUGAGAGCUAUGACAUUGUGAAAGAGAAUAGCUAUGGCAAAGAUGGUCUGACUCCAGUAAAAAACUCUAAAAACCUUGUGGGGGGUUGAGGUUGACUGUUUUAAACUGGCCCUGGUUAGAGCAGCCCUGCACUCAGCAGCACUGGAUUUGGUCUCUGUUCCACACAUUUGUUUUUGUACUGUAUUGUUCCUGGCUGCACUGUAGCUAGACUAGACUAGACUAGCAUGGGGCAUUUUAAAGACACUUAGCUUUCGCGUUUGACUUCAUUGGGACCAACCAAAUGACACCAUGACACCAUAACACACUGUUGUUGAUUCAUAGCAUGGUUACUGCUGUGCUGCCAUGGUUACUGUACAUUAGCAUACCUCCACUUCAGAAAAUGUUGCGACAUCACUUCUUCCUGUUGUAGCUACAUUAGUCAGGUUGUCAAGAAACCGGAGUCAUGAUAUUAGUGGGUUGGCAUGGUCUCAUUGUAGUUCAAACUAUUCUCAUCCCUAGUAAAUAACUCCUUUUUAGUUUUCAAUAAUGUUCUUACACUAAUUUUGGUAGUAUCAUGUUUCCUUUUCAUGAUUUAGUAAACAUUCUAUUUAUUUUUGCUUUGCUUUGUGUUUGCUCUCAGAUUCACCAUUCCUAUGAAUUGUUUCAGAGCCCCAGGGUUUGGUAUGUUCCUUUAAAAAACAUUUCUUUAACGGCCUCUAAUUCUCUGCAUGGUUUAUCUGUCCGCAUGCCUGUCUGGCUGUACGUCUGUGUAACACUGUAUUUGCACAGUAGAAAACUGGAGGACUAAAUCCUAUCCCAGAAAACCCAGCGUGAAUGUCUCUUCUUCUUUGGUGUACUAAGGAUACAAAGGACUUGUCAAAAUGAAUUCCACAUUAGAUUUAAAAAAAUGUAAAUGCUCAGUUUUUGUGGGGAAAUUACCCAGCACUUAAACAAGAUAAUGGACAAUAGACUUGACUGUGUUUAGAGUAAGAGGAAUAUGGAUUAGCUAGGCUAAUCUCCGAGUGUAUUUAUGCUGGCUUCACAUGCUCAUGGGAAAUGGGGAAGUGGAACAAUUAAGUCCGACAUGAUUGUGUUUAAGUGCUUUAAGUCGGAAAAAUUCUUCAACCAAUAGGAUUUUAGCUAGCUUAUCAAGGUUGCUAAUAAUAAGUUAGCUAGCUUGCUUAACAUUGACAAUAUGGUCAAACUAGCUACCUUCUCCAUAUUGAUGAGGUUGUAGUUGUCAAACUGAUUUGUUAUUUUUUGUUUGAAAAGUUCAAAGGUCAGUGGUGAAACAUCACAACUCGCCAACUCGGGCAACAACAUCUUCUGUUUCCCACUUGAAAUUCCGACUUAGAGGGUUGCUCAAGUGAAACUUCUCAGUUGGAAAUAGGAACUUCCGAUACCACAUGAACGUGGCAUUACAUCUAUCUAGACUGCUUGUCUCUCCCUAAGAGUGUUUCUAGGGUGUUGGGGACAGACACACAAAGUAGACAAUGGCUAAAACAUCGGACCUUUAAAACACUCCAAAUGUGGUUGAUUGGGAAGGGAAUUUUCUGCAGACUCUUAUCCACUUAAGCCAGUUGUAUUUAAAACCACUGUGGUUAAAAAGAGCUAUUCUCGGUUUACAUAUGUAAAUGAAAAAGUUAUUUUUGUUGUCUUUCCAUUCCAUUGUUACAAAUGAUAUCUUGUUGGGACCUAUAUGCUUUUGACAUUUUGUCUCAGACAUAAACUCUAAAAUAUAUUUCUGAAAAAUGAA